AUGCAGCUGUGGAAGCGCUUUGAUACGGUUUAUCCUGCAGGAUCCAUACGAAAAGUCAUUGAGAAACAGCAUGGUGCCAGUGAGGGUUCUCUUCUCCCUGUAGUGGGCUUACUUUUCCAUGAAAGUAAGCAAAAGGACGAAGGCAGCAGACAGAAGAAGGUGGCUGUGGAAGGGCUGAUCCAUCAGCGAGGGGAUCAGACCUACCUGCAGACAUCAGGAGUGCUGAGCAUCCGGGGAGCACAGGAAGAGGAGCCCACAGACCCGCAGCUGAUGCGGUUAGACAACAUGCUGCUGGCCGAGGGCGUCGCGGGCCCCGAGAAAGGAGGGGGUUCUGCUGCUGCCGCCGCUGCUGCUGCCGCAUCGGGAGGAGCCGGAUCCGACAACUCGGUGGAGCACUCUGACUACAGAGCCAAGCUGUCCCAGAUCCGGCAGAUCUACCACACGGAGCUGGAGAAGUACGAGCAGGCAUGCAACGAAUUCACCACCCACGUGAUGAACCUGCUGCGUGAGCAGAGCCGGACCCGGCCCAUCUCACCAAAGGAGAUAGAGCGGAUGGUGAGCAUCAUCCACCGCAAGUUCAGCUCCAUCCAGAUGCAGUUGAAGCAAAGCACGUGUGAAGCCGUCAUGAUCUUGCGCUCCCGAUUUCUGGACGCACGGCGGAAGAGAAGAAACUUCAACAAGCAGGCUACGGAAAUCCUGAAUGAGUAUUUCUAUUCCCAUCUCAGCAACCCUUACCCCAGUGAGGAAGCCAAAGAAGAGCUAGCCAAGAAAUGCGGCAUCACAGUCUCACAGGUAUCAAACUGGUUUGGAAAUAAGAGAAUCCGGUACAAGAAGAACAUAGGUAAAUUUCAAGAGGAAGCCAAUAUUUAUGCUGCCAAAACGGCUGUCACGGCUACCAAUGUGUCAGCCCAUGGAAGCCAGGCUAACUCACCCUCAACUCCCAAUUCAGCUGGUUAGUUUUGUUUUAUUUUAUUUUGGGUUGUUAAUGUUUGGUUUUCUGUUUGUUUGCCCCCCUCCCUCUAAUCUCUCUCUUGAUUUCUCCUGUGGGUUAUUUCAGUUUUUAUUUUCUGGUUUUGGUUGGCUCACUUUUGUGGUC